AUGAAUAACGUUGCUACACAAUUUACACCAUAUCCCCACUGGGGAGUGGGUGCCCCUCUGAACGCCCAGAUGCGGCAGUAUGCAGCUUCUGCUGCAGCAGCAGCAACAGCAACAGCAGCAGCACCCGCAGCAGCACCAGCAUCAGAAGCCUUUCCCCUUGUUGCAAGGGAACAGGUAGACCGUCGACCACACGAAGCAAACUCUGAGAAGGAAGAUGAAGGCAGCUGGGUUUGCUUCUGGUCUCUAGAAAAAGAAAAAGACAACCGCAGCAGAUUAGUGGGGCCUCAGCGAUUUCGCUCAUACUUGGGAAUUUCUAAACUUGCAUGCGGAUCCACUCUAGCCGCCUUCAUUGCAGAUGACUACCGUUUGUACUGCUGGAACUGGAGAGACAGCGGCAAUAUGCAUGCAUGCAGCCCGCAGCUAAUAGAAGGAAGAGGCUUAGAAUAUAUGCAAGUCGUUGAUGUCUCCUGCGGAGAAGAACAUCUUGCAUGCACAACCAAAGAGGGCCGAGUGUUUACCUACGGCAGCGGCGACUGCGGGCAGCGCGGCAGCGGCAAACUGCGCGGAGAAUUUCAAAACGAGGGCCCUGACGAAGUGUUAUUUCCAAGACGAGCAAUUCAGGUCGCAUGCGGAGCAAAAUAUACUCUCGUACUCACAGCGCAAAGGGCAGCAGCAACAGCAGCAGAAGAAGCGGCGUAUCAUCAGCAGCAGGAAGAAACAGCAUCACUAGCAGCAGCAGGAGCAAGAGAAGCAGCAGCAGCAACGGCAAGAACAGCAGCAGCAGAACCAUACGUAGCAGCAGCAGCAGCAUCAUCUGCAUAUGUUUGA